CAUUAAAAAAACAGAGAAGAAGAAGUAGACGAAGGAAGGAGACGGAAGUAGGGUGUUAGGCCACGAUCUGCUAAGAAUAGCUGUUGGGCGGAUGAAGAAAAGAUUACACUACAUCGAAAAUUGUGACUUUAUCUAGACUUUGUGUGUGCAGCGAAAAGAAAAUCGUCGAGGCGAAUCUCCUCAGCAUACAUUAGAAGUGGUUUAAACUUUUGGCACACCGAUUUAUCCAUUUUAUAAGGAUCAACAUGGCUGACGACUUUGACGUUGAGGCCAUGCUAGAGGCUCCAUACAGAAAGGAUGAGAACAAAUCCUCUCAUGCAAACGGACACGAAGAACAUAACAAGAAAAAGAGGAGGAGCAGAAGCCGAAGUCCUGGCUCGAGGAAGAAGAGAAGCAGGAGCAGAAGCAAAGAUAAAAGGAAGAGUAAGAAGAGAAGCAAGAGCCGAGAAAGAAAACGCAGCCGCAGCAGAGAACGCCAUCGCAGCCGCUCACGAAGCAAGGAGCGGUCCGGGCGGUACAAAGGCCGCAAGAGUCCCAUCCGGAAACGUUCCAAAAGUCGCACUCCUGUCAAAAAAGAGAAGAGUCCCGUUAGGCAACCGAUCGAUAAUCUGACACCAGAAGAGCGAGAUGCUCGCACCGUUUUCUGUAUGCAACUUGCUGCAAGAAUCAGAGCCAGAGAUCUGGAGGAUUUCUUUUCAGCCGUUGGAAAGGUCAGAGAUGUGCGUAUAAUUUCUGACAGAAACUCUCGCAGGUCAAAGGGCAUUGCCUAUAUUGAGUUUGUGGAGUCGUCUUCUGUACCGCUGGCAAUUGGACUGACGGGUCAAAGGCUCUUAGGAGUGCCAAUCAUUGUUCAAGCCUCUCAGGCAGAGAAAAACCGAGCAGCAGCUGCAGCAAAUAAUCUGCAGAAGGGCAGCGCAGGUCCGAUGAGGUUGUAUGUGGGCUCACUGCACUUCAACAUCACCGAAGAAAUGCUGCGAGGGAUCUUUGAGCCAUUUGGAAAGAUUGAAGGAAUCCAGCUCAUGAUGGACAGUGAAACUGGGAGAUCUAAAGGAUAUGGCUUCAUAUCUUUUGCAGAUGCAGAAUGUGCUAAGAAAGCCCUGGAGCAGCUAAAUGGCUUUGAGCUGGCUGGAAGGCCCAUGAAGGUGGGACACGUCACAGAGCGCUCAGACUCCUCAACCGCCAGCUCAUUCCUCGAUAACGAUGAACUGGAGCGGACUGGCAUCGACUUGGGAACUACAGGGCGCCUGCAGCUUAUGGCACGACUAGCAGAAGGUACUGGCUUGAAGAUUCCUCCAGCUGCUCAGCAGGCUCUACAGAUGACUGGGUCCAUUCCCUUUGGGGGUAUAGCUGCUCCAGCAGUUCCAUCUCCAGCUCCAAGCCAAGCUUUGAACCUUCCAUCACAGCCUCUGGCCACACACUGCCUUCAACUGUCCAACCUGUUCAACCCACAAGCAGAACAAGAUCCAAACUGGGCCAAUGAAAUCCAGGAUGAUGUGAUCGAUGAGUGCAACAAGCAUGGAGGAGUUGUUCAUAUCUAUGUUGAUAAAAACUCUCAAGGUAAUGUGUACGUGAAGUGCCCCUCAAUCCCAGCAGCGAUGGCAACGGUAAAUGCACUUCAUGGACGCUGGUUUGCAGGUAAAAUGAUUACGGCUGCUUAUGUUCCUUUACCAACCUACCACAACCUUUUUCCUGAUUCAGUAACAGCAAAGCAGCUUCUAAUGCCUUCACGUCGAUAGUUACAAUUCUCAGUCCAUGUAAAUACCUUUGUUUGCAUUCAUGAAAAUUUAAUUGAUGCAAAGUUGCAUUGGAAAUGAGAUGGCUGUGUGUUAUUAAAGUGCCCUCAUGUUGACCAUUGAUUUUUUUUCCUCCCUCAAGUUGAAUUUAAUUUUUGUGGAUUUGUUGUAAACCAUGACUCAAAGUAAUCUGCAGGUAUCUAUUGGUCUGUAUGUUUUUAAAUAUUACUGUCGUAUCUGCUUGUUAAAAUCAGCUGUUUUAGAUUUGAAAGACAAUGCAAAGUUACAAAAAUGUUGCUAACAGCCCUCAAAUGUUGAAAGUAUAUAAAUGUCAACAGUAAUCCUUUGUAACUUUGUACAGCCAUUUCCUUUUUGUAUGAAGGCUUCAAAUAAAUCUGGAAAAUGUUGCUUUUUUCCCCCA